CUGAGCAUGCGUUAGAAAUGCUAACAGCUCUUGUUAGCUUCCUAUCGUUGGAAACGGAAACUUCCCUUUUGUUUCAUUUUUAUUUAACUUUAAUUUGACUCAUAUUUGACUUUCAGGUUCUGAACCAGCGGGACGCCUCGAUUAGAUUAAAUUAGAACAGAUUAUAACAAUUUAGGCUAUGACUGAAAGGAGCGAACAGCAGUUAGCCUGCGGUUGUUUUUAGCCUGAGUGAUGGGGCUCAUUUAGCCGCAGUUUAGAGACAAGCCGCCGGCCGGCGUCCGAUCACAGGAUGAUCAAGUUCGUGCUGAUGGUGAACCGGCAGGGCCAGACCAGACUGUCCAGGUAUUACCAGCCUGUGGAGCUGAGCAGGAGAGCGGCGCUGGAGUCCGACGUGGUCCGCUGCUGCCUGAGCCGCAAGAAAGACCAGUGUUCGUUUGUGGAGUAUAAAGACUUUAAACUGGUCUAUCGUCAGUACGCCGCUCUGUACAUCGUGGUCGGAGUCACAGACACAGAGAACGAGUUGUCCAUCUACGAGCUGGUCCACAACUUUGUGGAGGUUCUGGAUAAAUACUUCAGCCGAGUGAGUGAACUGGACAUCAUGUUCAACCUGGACCGAGUUCACAUCAUCCUGGACGAGAUGAUCCAGAACGGACACAUCGUGGAGACCAACAAGAGCCGAGUCCUCGCUCCGCUCACCGCCCUCGACAAGAUGGCCGACGGCUGAGACCGCUUUUUGUCGUUCCCAGGAAAUGAUGUCACAGACUUUUCCUCACUCACAUGAGCAGGUGGAGACCGAAGGACUGUAAACUGCUGGGAAUCAAACCCGCAACCCUGUGAUGACAGUCUGAAUUUAAAAAGGUGCCGAUGUUCUAAUGCCAAUAAAUCAAUCAAUCACUAAUAUUUAA